AUGAGAGCUAGAAAACGUACAGCAACAUUUUACGAAUGCCAAAAGAAUUUAAAUGUCGGAACCAAAUCUAAGGAUCGCAUUCGGAAGAUAAAAAAUGUUUCCGAUACUAGAUGGACGUCACAUGACCGCGUUAUUUCUGUGAUUCAUGAUAAAUUUGACGCAUUAAUUGAUACUUUAAAUAUUCUGUCCAGCUCAACAGAUAGAGUAACAUCUUCAAACGCACGCAUUUUCUUACAAACAAUUUCAUCAUUUAAUUUUAUAUUGAUUUUAAAAUUGGUAGGCAGAAUAUUUUCAAUUACAACUCCUACAUCGUGUUACUUGCAAUCUAAAAACAUUGAUUUUAUUCAAGCUUUUCAACUAAUAGACAAUGCUAAAGAACAAUUAGUUGCACUUCGUUCUGAUGAAAAGUUUGAUGAUCUAGCUGAAGACUCUAAAAAAUUUGCAAUUGAUCAUAAUUUACCAGAAUCAAAUUUUAAAGAGUCCCGUGUACGUAAAAAAAAGAAAAUGGCUGGUGAACAAGCAAAUGAUGAAAUAAUUAUUUCAGCGUCAGAAAGAUUCAAAAUCAACACUUAUUUCAAAGCAUUAGAUCAAAUCAUAACAUCAAUUACUAAUAGAUAUAAUGGAGCUCGUGACAUUUUUAAGGAUUUAUCACUUCUCUCUACAAAUCGAUUAAUGGAAGUUUCCAAAUCUCCAAAUGUAAUGCCCAUAGACUCAUUUCUUUAUUUAUCGAAAUGGAUAAAAGACAUAAAUAUAAAAAAACUGAAAAAUGAGUAUAUUAUAUUCAGCAAAAAUUUCACAGAACUUAUAAGUGGUAUAACACUACCAACAAAACUUCAUUCAAUUGAAACUGAAACAUCAGAAAAUAUGUUGAGUAUGGAUUUAGAUGAUGAAUCAUCAGAUGAUGAAAUAAGUAUUGAAGAGAUUAGUAAAAAUGAUGGACCAACUGCAUUGGAAAUAAUGCAUCUUCUUCCUACUUAUGAUUUGAAAUUAGCAUUUCCUAAUUUGUAUUUAGCUUACCAAGGAUUAUGUACUAUGCCCGCAUCAUCAGCUUCAGCUGAAAGGAGCUUUUCAAAGGUUAAGCUCAUUAAAACACGACUACGCUCAACAAUGGGGCAAUCUAGAUUGGAAAGUUUAUUGAUUCUUUCCUGUGAGAGGGAUAAGAAAAUAAAUAUUGAAGAUGCAAUUAAUACUUUUGGAAAUUCAUCAAGUCUUCUUAAAAAAUGUUUAAUGUAUUCCUAG